CACACAGAUAAAGGAGACAGUGAGGGUGGAUGUUAAAUCUCAUUUCAGCAUGAUGUGGAAACUCUCUCUCUUCUGCCUGUUUGCUGUUCUGUCCGUCUCUCUGUCGAACAUCGUCCAGUAUCCUGCGGUAGUGACGGCGGUUCGUGGCGAGACGGUCUCCAUGACGUGUAAUACAGUGGAAGUCUUGUCCAGAUGUGAUUCAGUCUACUGGUAUAAAGUGCAGCCGAGAACCAGAGAGAUGAUCCUGAGCACCGCUGUUCACACUGAUCCGAGUCUGAAACUGUGUAGAGGAGUCAUCUACAACGCCAGCGUGGCUGAUUCGGGCAUUUACUACUGCUCUGUGAAACACAGUGUUAUCUACUACACGGGCAACGGCACCACCGUCAUCAUCACAGAGCCUCGUCCCGGUCCCGUCGUGACGCUCUACGUCCCGGACGUGAGUGUCGGACCCUCCGUCUCUCUGCAGUGCGUGGUGAUGGGGGUCGUCCCGUCUGAAGCCAUCGUUUCCUGGGUCGUAGGGGACUCGGAGACGACCGGGUGGACGGAGUCGGGCUGGACCCACGCCGACGCCUCAGCUGUAGAAUACACACGCGCUCAUAUCAGCAUUCCCUCAGAGACCUGGCUGGAGGCUCCGAAUGUGGAGUGCGUGGUCGAGGUGGACGGCAGGCGCGUCUCGAAAUCUUAUAAAAAAGCCUCCAGUCAGGUGUGUCCGUGGUUGCUGUAUUUGGGCUCCGGUGUGGUCUUGGCCUUCAUUACCGUGCUCUUCGUUAAGAUAAUGCUUUAUUAAUCGCCAGACGGAGAAAGUAGGGUGUCACAGCAGCAGCAAGACAGGAAGUGUAAUAUACAAGGCUGGAACUGAUCUGCAUCGGAGAACAUGGACGCACCGCAUUAAACCAGAAUUCCUAAUGUUCCUAAAGUUGUUUUUUUUUUUUAUGUAAUUACAAGCUUAACAAAAUAAAUAAAAUGAUU